UAGGAGCUAUACGCUCUCGCCGCUGUUAUUGAUGGUUAAGAAACGGGGAGGUUCUAUACGUGGCAGCGAAGAAAUCUGCGCGAAUCAGGGAUUUCACUACUUACUUGCAGCGAGGCAGGCUACAGGCUUUGCAGGCGAGGUCCUCCCACUUAGCUGGUGAAGAUGGUGAUGAUGAUGAUGAUGGUGAAGAAUGGCCUGUUCCUUCUUGCUGCAGCUCUCUGCAGCUGGUGUGCAGAGGCUGAGGUUUUCACCUCCAUCGGUCAAAUGACUGACCUCAUAUUCACAGAGAAGGAGCUGGUGCAGUCUCUUAAAGAAUAUAUCCAAGCUGAAGAAGCCAAGCUGUCAGCUGUGAAAAGUUGGGCGAGCAAGCUGGACAAGUUGACGCAAAUGUCGACCUCUGACCCCGAGGGGUACCUGGCGCACCCUGUCAACGCCUACAAGCUGAUGAAGAGGCUGAACACCGAGUGGUCGGAGCUGGAGAGCCUGGUGCUGCAGGACCCGUCUGACGGGUUCAUCGCCAACAUGUCGGUCCACCGCCAGUACUUCCCCGACGAGGAGGACGAGAAGGGCGCGGCCAAGGCGCUGAUGCGUCUCCAGGACACGUAUAAACUGGACUCGGAGAGCUUCUCCAAGGGGCGUCUGCCAGGCGUGCGCUACAACGCGCUGCUGACGGUGGACGACUGCUUCGACAUGGGGAAGACGGCCUACAACGAGGCCGACCACUACCACUCGGUGCUGUGGAUGCAGCAGGCCCUCCGGCAGAUGGACGCGGGCGAGGACGCCACCACCGCCAAGGCCGACAUCCUGGACUACCUCAGCUACUCCGUCUACCAGAUGGGCGACCUGCCGCGCGCCAUCGAGCUGACCCGCCGCCUGGUGCUCAUCGACCCCGGCCACCAGAGGGCGGGGGGGAACCUGCGCUACUUCGAGCGGCUGCUGAGCACGGAGAUGCGGGAGCAGGCGCGGAAGCCCUCGGACCCCGCGGCCGAGCGGCCCAUCGACCUGGGCACCUACGAGCGGCCCCGCGACUACCUGCCCGAGCGGGAGGUCUACGAGGCCCUGUGCCGGGGGGAGGGGGUCAAAAUGACCAUUCAGAGACGCAGCCGGCUCUUCUGCCGGUACCAGGACGGGAAGCGGAACCCGCGCCUCCUGCUGGCCCCCAUGAAGGAGGAGGACGAGUGGGACAGCCCGCACAUCGUGCGCUACCUCAACGCCCUGUCGGACGCCGAGAUCGAGAAGAUCAAAGAGCUGGCCAAGCCCAGGCUUGCGAGAGCCACAGUGAGGGACCCCAAGUCGGGCGUCCUGACCGUGGCGCACUACAGAGUAUCGAAAAGCGCGUGGUUGGAAGGAGAGGAGGACCCCGUCAUUGACCGUGUCAAUCAGAGGAUAGAGGACAUCACGGGGCUGACGGUGGACACAGCCGAGCUCUUACAGGUCGCUAACUACGGCGUCGGGGGCCAGUACGAGCCUCAUUUCGAUUUCUCGCGGAGAGAUGAGCCUGAUGCGUUCAAAUCAUUAGGCACUGGAAAUCGUGUGGCUACUUUUUUAAAUUAUAUGAGCGACGUAGAGGCGGGAGGGGCGACCGUGUUCCCCGAUUUCGGCGCCGCCAUCUGGCCCAGAAAGGGAACUGCAGUCUUCUGGUACAACCUCUUCAGGAGUGGAGAAGGAGACUACAGAACCAGGCACGCCGCCUGUCCAGUUUUAGUAGGAAGCAAAUGGGUGUCCAACAAAUGGAUCCACGAGCGGGGCCAGGAGUUCCGGAGACCGUGCGGAUUGACGGAAGUGGAUUGAGCCUUUCCUGCCCUCCUCUGCUGAUCAGCCAUGCCCCCCCUGUCCCCCAUCCCAGGACCUGGGACCCUACCCCUCCUGUAGGCCUUGAACUUCACCUACCAAACACAGCCCACCCCCUCCUCCCAGAACCUGGACCCUACCCCUCC